CCUGCAACAACUCCAGGUUCAACAUGUUAUCGCAGUUGGCACGUCAUAGACCAUGGUUCUUGGCAUUGUCCAAGGUGCCGUUUAAGGCUACGAGAUGCAAUUCCACCGCCGCUUCGGCAACCCCUUUCGGCUUCCAAAGUGCCUGGACUCAACCACCCCACGCAGACGCACUCAUACCAUUUGUUGUGGAACAGACGGCUCGUGGGGAACGAUCAUAUGAUAUUUUCUCGCGCUUGUUGAAGGAGCGUAUCAUCUGUCUCAAUGGCAAUAUCCAUGACAGUCUGGCUUCAGUGAUUGUUGCGCAGUUGUUGUUUCUAGAAGCCGAAAAUCCUGAAAAGCCUAUAAACAUAUACAUCAACUCUCCAGGAGGAAGUGUGACAGCUGGAAUGGCCAUUUACGAUACUAUGCAGUACAUUCAAUCUCCUGUAACAACACUAUGUGUUGGACAGGCAUGUUCAAUGGCAUCUCUUCUUCUAACAGCUGGAGAACCUGGAAAGCGGUAUGCGCUUCCAAAUGCUUCCAUCAUGAUUCACCAACCUUCAGGCGGAGCAUCUGGUCAAGCAUCAGAUAUUGCCAUCCAUGCUCGUGAGAUACUCAGAGUUCGGGAGAGACUGAAUAGGAUGUAUCAAAAGCAUACUGGUAUCCGAGAAUUGGAAACUAUUGAAAAAAUGAUGGAAAGAGAUUAUUUCAUGACAUCGGAGGAGGCUUUAUCGGUUGGUCUGAUUGACAAAGUUCUAGAGAAGCGAUCACCCGGGAAAGGGCCUGAGCUUUGAACGUAAUAAACUGCCUCCACAUUGUGAAGUAAAAUGUUUUUUCUGAGUAAAUUAAAA